AAGCUGAGGAGAGCUCCAGUGGCUUUUUCUCAAUCUAAUAAAAGUGCCAUCAAAUUUGACGCCCCAAAAUACGAGAGCAACCUCCAAAUUAAGAAAUGGGUCCAGAGCCUUCAAGAUCAAAGGCAGAAAGAAAGCUCGGAUAUUGAGGAAGGUCGAUUGUAA